AGAAUGAAUCUCGUUUACGGCUUAGCGUUUGUGUUGAUAGCUUUUUCGCUAACGGAAUGUACCACCAAGGAAAAAGAUAAAUCAAAUAGUAAUGUCGAGAUAGAGACUACAACUGCAUCCAUGUCAAUAGAAGAACGAGCCAAAAGUGAAGAAUUCAAUAUAAUGGAAGUUAUGGUGGAAUGCAAUGAUUCAUUUCGUGUGGAAACGUCAUAUCUGGAGAGUUUUAAUAAGAGUGGAAGCUUUCCAGAUGAAACCGACAAAACACCUAAGUGUUUCAUGCGCUGCGUUUUGGAGAAAUCCGGAGUUGCUUCGCCUGCGAGCCAGUUUAAUGUAAAGCGCACUGCCGAAAUAUUUCCGCAGAUCAGGGACAUACCCGAAGAAGAUAUUGUAAAAAUUGCGACUGAAUGUACUGAUAGACCCGAAACGUGUAAAUGUGAGAGGUCAUACCAAUACCUGAAGUGCUUAAUGGAGACUGUCAUUGAAAAAUUUGAACUUAAAAGAUAAAAUGUCAUUUUUUCCUGGUUACAUAAUCAUAUUAUAAUGUAUGAAUAAAGGAAGGAUAUCUUGACCGACCACUGUGCUACUCUUAUGAAAAAUAUUUUUGUUUAUUUUUAGAUGUCACUACACUUACAGUAAGAAAGCAAAUGUUAAAGAAAUUUUCAAAUAUAUGUAAAA